AUGUCAAAGAAAAGUGCAAAAGACGAGGAAACAGAUCUUGAACCCUCUAGCUAUGUUCCUGUUUCUGUUUCUUCUGGUUCUACGUUCUACUCCGUUCUGGAUGCCGAUAUCGACGACCUCAACGAAAGCUUUGACGAGUUGCUCCUCGACAGCGAUGCUGGAGUUCCCGACGGUGUGGAUGGCGAUGACAUGGCUCCUGCUGUUGUUCCUAACAAUGAUGACAAUGACGGGGAAGCAGAGAACACUUGCAAAGACGACGCUCAAAAACAAACGGAUGGACCAUUGGCGAGCCUGUUGGAGCUAAUCCAGAGAGAUCAAGUUUCGUUUUGGCAGUACAAUGGAACAAAACGUCAUCGAUUUGGAAUCAAGCUCUUCAAGCCUUGCUUUCGUGCUGGCUACAAUCAGAACGUCAAGGUUUAUGCCGGAAAAGAUCCAAAACGGACAACUAGUGUGGCAUCGUCUGCAGUACUGGAGUUAAUGGACGGUUUUCUGAUUCAAGAACAUUACCUGUGUACCGAUAACUGGUACAUCAACUCGCCGCUUGCCCAAAGUCUCCUCAAGAAGACGGACAUGAACUUCAACAAAAUCUCGAUCAGCAGUUCAAGAACUCGCAAGCGAAAGCUGGUGUUUGAUACGAAUGCGAAAGCUAAAGACAGACGGUUCUGCUCUGAUUGUUACAGCUCGAUCUCAGGUACUGCUCAGUCGACCUUCGAGCAGAUCGACUGUGCGGAACUUGGGUAA